AAAACAAGGAAUAUGUGGGUCAGCCCGGAAGAUGUGCUGCUGGCGGGCGCGCUGUGGAUCACCGAGAGAGCGAAUCCGUAUUUCAUCCUGCAGAAACGGAAGGGCCACGGGGAUGGAGGCGGAGGACUGGCGGGUUUACUGGUGGGGACCUUGGAUGUUGUCCUGGACUCGAGCGCUCGAAUGGCGCCGUACAGAAUCCUCUACCAGACUCCGGACUCGUUAGUUUACUGGAUCAUUGCUCAUGGAACCUCCCGCAAAGAGAUCACAGAGCACUGGGAGUGGCUGGAGCACAACCUGCUGCAGACGCUGUCCAUCUUUGAGAACGAGAAUGACAUCACCACGUUUGUCAAGGGAAAGGUCCAGGGCAUCAUUGCGGAGUACAACAAGAACCACGACGUCAAGGAGGACGACGACACGGACAAGUUCAAGGAGGCCAGCGCCAAGUUUCGAAAGCUGUUUGGGAUGCCCGAAGAGGAGAAGCUGGUCAACUACUACUCCUGCAGCUACUGGAAGGGGAAGGUUCCUCGGCAGGGAUGGCUCUACCUCAGCAUCAACCACCUGUGCUUUUACUCCUACUUACUGGGAAAGGAAGCCAAACUGGUGGUGCGCUGGGCGGACAUCACCCAGCUGGAGAAGAGCGCCACGCUGCUGCUGCCCGACGCCAUCAAGGUGAGCACGCGCGCCAGCGAGCACGUCUUCUCCGUCUUCCUCAACAUCGGCGAGACGUUCAAGUUGGCCGAGCAGCUGGCCAACAUCGCCAUGCGGCAGCUGCUGGACAACAAGGGCUUCGAGCAGGACCGCUCGCUGCCCAAGCUCAAGAAGAAGUCGCCCAAGAAGGUGUCGGCGCUCAAGAGGGAUCUGGAUGCGAGAGCGAAGAGCGAGCGGUACCGGGCUCUGUUCCGUUUGCCCAAAGACGAGAAGCUGGAUGGACACACGGACUGCACCCUGUGGACCCCCUUUAACAAGAUGCACAUCCUGGGCCAGAUGUUCGUUUCCACCAAUUACAUCUGCUUCACCAGCAAGGAGGAGACGUCGUGCAGCCUCAUCAUCCCCCUGCGUGAGGUGACCAUCGUGGAGAAGGCGGACAGCUCCAACGUGCUGCCCAGCCCGCUCUCCAUCAGCACCAAGAAUCGCAUGACCUUCCUGUUUGCGAACCUGAAGGAUCGCGACUUCCUCGUGCAGAGGAUCUCGGACUUUCUGCAGCAGACCACGUCCAAGAUCUACUUGGAGAGGGAGCUAGCGGGCAGCCUGAACAGCUCCGAUGACGAGGUUUACUCCCAGCACGGAUCCUUGCUGUCCAGCAGCCCACAGCACAGCCUGGGGUCAGAGGGCGAGCGGACGUUCAACCUGAAUGACAGCAGCGUGCCCACGGCCACACAGGCCCUCAUGACCAUGUACCGCCGCCGCUCGCCCGAGGAGUUCAACCCCAAGCUGGCGAAGGAGUUCCUGAAAGAGCAGGCGUGGAAGAACCACUUCACGGAGUACGGCCAGGGCGUGUGCAUGUACCGCACCGAGAAGACCAAGGAGCUGGUGCUCAAGGGCAUCCCUGAGAGCAUGAGGGGCGAGCUGUGGCUGCUGUUCUCCGGGUCAGUCAACGAGAUGGCCACGCACCCCGGCUACUACGAAGACCUGGUGGAGAAGUCCAUGGGCAGGUACAACCUGGCGACGGAGGAGAUCGAGAGGGACCUGCACCGCUCGCUGCCCGAGCACCCGGCCUUCCAGAACGAGAUGGGCAUCGCCGCGCUGCGCCGCGUCCUCACCGCCUACGCCUUCAGGAACCCCAACAUCGGAUACUGCCAGGCCAUGAAUAUCGUCACGUCCGUGCUGCUGCUCUAUGCCAAAGAGGAGGAGGCUUUCUGGCUGCUGGUGGCGCUCUGCGAGAGGAUGCUGCCCGACUACUACAACACCAGAGUUGUAGGCGCUCUGGUGGAUCAGGGCGUGUUCGAGGAACUGGCCCGCGAGUACGUGCCCCAGCUGUACGACUGCAUGCAGGACCUGGGGGUCAUCUCCACCAUCUCCCUGUCGUGGUUCCUCACCCUCUUCCUGUCGGUCAUGCCGUUCGAGAGCGCGGUGGUGGUGGUCGACUGCUUCUUCUUCGACGGCAUCAAGGUCAUCUUUCAGCUGGCGCUCUCCGUGCUGCACGCCAACAUCCACCAGCUGCUGGGCUGCAAGGACGACGGCGAGGCCAUGACCGUGCUCGGCCGGUACUUGGACAGCGUGACCAACAAGGACAGCACUUUACCCCCCAUCCCCCACCUGCACUCUCUGCUGACGGACAACGGGGAACCUCAUCCAGAGGUCGACAUCUUCAAACUGGUCGGCAGUUCCUAUGAGAAAUUCGGCUCGAUCCGUGCCGACGUGAUUGAACAGAUGCGUUUCAAACAGAGACUGAGGGUGAUACAAACCAUCGAAGACACAACAAAGCGCAACGUGGUCAGAACUAUUGUUACAGAAACUGCUUUCACUAUUGAUGAGCUGGAGGAGCUCUACGUGCUCUUUAAGGCAGAGCACCUGACCAGCUGCUACUGGGGCGGCUGCAGCAACCCCACGGAGCGCCACGACCCCAGCCUGCCCUACCUGGAGCAGUACCGCAUCGACGCCGAGCAGUUCAGGGGCCUGUUCAACCUGCUGUUCCCCUGGGCCAACGGGGCCCACUCGGACCCCCUCGCCGUGCGCUUCUUCCGCCUCCUUGACCACAACGCAGACGCCCUCAUCAACUUCCGUGAGUUCAUCAGCGGUUUGGGCGUUUUGUGUCACGGGGACCUCACUGAAAAACUGAAGCUUCUCUACAAGAUGCACGUUUUACCUGAGGUCACUCAUGAACAGGAGGAGCCAGACUCUGCCUUUGAAGCCACUCAGUAUUUCUUUGAAGACAUAACUCCAGAAACAUCAAUCGGCCACGACUCGAAGUGCAGAAGCGAGAAAGACGAUGGUUUCGUCAGAGUUACGUUUAAAACUGAAAAGGUGAAGAAGCUGAACACUCCUGAUUACCGCAACUACCUGAAGCUGUGGAACCAGGAGGCCAAGCCCAAAUACGAAAGCACAAAAGACCUCCCCAAGCUGAAUCAGGGCCAGUUCAUCGAGCUGUGUAAGAGCCUCUACAGCAUGUUCAGCGAAGACGUGGCCGAGCAGGAGCUGUACCACGCCACCGCCACUGUCACCAGUCUGCUGCUGGAAAUGGGAGAGGUGGGGAAGCUGUUCUCCAGCAGGAAGGAGCUCAACGCGGAGCCCCGAGCGGAGCCCCGAGCGGAGCCAGGCGCGUGUACGAUAGACAUCACAGACCCCCGCUCCGUGCAGGCGUCCGGGCCCGACGGCGCCCUCCAGCACAGCGACGCCUUCGCCCCGUCCAGCCCGGAGAGCAAACCGGGGGGGGAGGGGGAGGGCGGCGAGCGGCCGCCGCCGAUGCACGACAUCAAGCUGGAGGACGCGUCCCCCAAGGACGCGGGCGCGUCCUCCGCCAUGCUCAUCUCCGACGACGAGACCAAAGACGACACGUCCAUGUCGUCGUACUCGGUGCUCAGCGCCGGCUCCCACGAGCUGGACGAGAAGCUGCAGUGCGAGGACAUCGCCGACGACACGGUGCUGGUGCGCAGCGGCGACGACGGCGGCGACGGCGGCGCCGGGCCCCGCGGCCGAGGCCUGCCGCACAGCACCAGCAUCGACAGGGACUGGGCCAUCACCUUCGAACAGUUCCUGGCCUCGGUUCUGACCGAGCAGGCCCUCGUCCGCUACUUCGAGAGGCCCGUGGACGUGGGCGCCACCAUAGCCAACGCCAGGAACGUGCGCAAAGUGGGCCGCACCCUGUCGUCCACGAGUGACUAUGAGAUCUCAGUGUCCGGCUGAAGCCGCCGCCAUGUUGGAAAAGGGAAAGCGGGAGGACAAUGAAGAUAGAAGUUUAAUGGAUGUGUAUGAUAGUGGAAUGAAAGUGACCAAAAAUGCUCUUAGCGAUGUAUUUUACCAGAUGUGAGAGACUUUUAUUAUAACAAUCACUAGGUUCUGCCCCGUUGAGAAGGAACAUGACAUUAAUGUUAAGGUUGGUGUGUACUUGUAGUAGCUGUAUUUUAAAAGACAUACAGUAGGUAGUAAUAUCGUAAUCUCUAGUACUCUCACUUCAUCUAGUUGUGCACAGAUACAGUACAGAUUCAAACUGAUAAUCUACAGUAUGUACGCUCACCUAACAUUAUAUCUGCUAGAAAUGUUGCCUCCUUACUUUACAUUUCCAUUUGCUGCAGAUUUUUUUUUAAGUUGUUGCUAAAGAUGAUAUAAGUGAAAAAAGAGGCGAAACUAAGCUGUGAAGAUUCAACUGUAGACUGAAUUUUCACGUGUCCAUGGAUGAACUCUCUUCAGCUCCACGUCACUUUAACGUCUCUACAUCCAUUACGUUCCCAAGCAUCGCUCCAGCCAACGACUUGUUCAACAACUACAAAACGAAGGACCAUUUUCUCAACCAUGCCUUCAGGUUAUGGACACGGAUUCUCUGCUAUUUGAGAAACUCAAUGGACGGUUACACUAAGUAAAUGCUGUUGGACGAGCAACCUGCACUUUAUGCUUACAGCAUCAUGUGAUUCACUAACGUUUUUGCCUGCGAAACUUCAUCUGCACUCAACAAAACUGUUUUUUUCUUUUUUAACUUUCUUGCUCUUUUACAGUUUUUUACACCUGUUUUCUUUUGCAGUAUUUUAAAUGUCUCUUAUGGUUGUUAUUAUUUCACUGGAUUCUGGUGCAUUGUAUAUCAUGCUAAUUAAAAUUUCUGUACAAUUGAUGCAAUGCUA